UUAUGCAAGUAAACAUUUAAUAUCUCUACAGCCUAAAAAUGCCAUUUUUUAGCUGGGUGAAAUGGCCAAAACCUUAUUCCGACAAACAAGCACGCCACACUGGCUCGGAGGCCGUGACAAAGACUCUGCUUCGGGAGUUAAAAUGGCAUCUCAGGGAGCGUGAGAGGUUAAUGAACGAGAUCGAAGAUGAGCAGAAGGUGAAAAGGACAGGUGUGGAUUACAACUGGCUGAGAAGCUACCAGACUCCUCACACGAUCCCAGCUACCGAGCAGAGACAACUGGAAGUCCUUUGCUCCCAAGUACAACCUUGUCAAACCGGAACUGUUCUCAGCAGAUUUCGAGAACUUUUGGCAGAAAACGAUGUACUUCCCUGGGAAAUUGUCUACAUCUUCAAGCAAGUUCUGAAAGACUUCCUCAGCAGCCCUGACAGAGGGGGUCUUCACGCUGGCCUGUGGGACUCUGACGUCACCUGUUCCCCUGCGCCCCCAGGUGAAAGCUCUGAGGGGCCAGACAAAGACGAGAUACCCACGAUUUCAAGUUACGUAGACAGAAAUGCCAAGAACAGGUUUCCAUCAUGUUCACACAGAGCAUGGAACCUGCCGUAUUAUCACCCGCCGAGCUAAGAGCUAAGGAGUUAGCAAGGCCACCCCAGAGUCAUGCCCCUUAGCACUAACGGGAAGAAACUGUCACAUGACCCUGGGUUUCUCUGCUACAGCAUCAGGGUUUAGUUCAAAUUCCUGUACCUCCAACUUCUCUAAGCAGUACUGUUUUCUAACCACUGUAAAUAGUCAAUAUUUUAAUGAAAAUACGCUUUUAACUAAAAUACUGUCUAAAUGUCUGAAGUUUCUUAUACCUCAAACAUGUCACAGAACUAAAGAAAUUUACUAUGAAGUAUGACAGAUUCUUUGUGAAACAAUUAAUCUUGGCUUUUAUUCUAAGAGAGCCGAUGUGUAGAAUAAAUGAUUAAUGUGAGCUUCUCCCUACAA